AACCUGGAGCUGAAGAGACGCUGACAGUUACGUGAAAAAUAAAUAAAUAAUACAAACUGGGGUGCUUUUUGUCGCAGAUGCUGCGGUCUGUUUUUGUUAAGAAGAAAUAUUGCGAUUGGAAUAUGAACACCGAAAAGACACAUUGAUAUCAUCGGGGAUAUCAUCGACUCGAGUGACCUGGAUGUGAAAUCCAAAUAGGCCGUAUAUUGGUCUAUUAUUUUGACAGCACAGGAUCAGAAAAAAAUCAAUCGCGAAAGCGAGAGGGCGACAGGAGUUGCUAGUUAGCACAUCGUCAGGACUUGAGUCCAUCGUUUGUUACAAUCGGCAUUGCGAGACUAAUGGUUGACAUGGUCAGGCGUGCAAUGUCAGCCAGUCAGCUUGCUAGCUAACCAGCAAGCUGGAAUGGAAAAUAAGAACUGUCAUGAUUUUAGUCAAGUACUGUCAUGAUUUUAGCCAGUUAGCUAGCUUACCUGACUAAUGGGUAGAAGAGAGCUAGCUAGCCAUGUAUUUCAAACGGUACAUACUCAUAGCUUCUCGCUAAUAACGUUAGCUACUUUGCUAGUUACCAGUUUUAUCCCGUAGAAUAUUGCUAGCCUGCGAUUAUUAUUAUUUUUUUGUGCACGUGUGCUUCCACGUUUCUUAUCGCUGGAAAUCACAAGUUUGCUGCUGAGACGUGAAACACUGAAAGCUGGCUAGCAAGUUGCUAGGUAACAUCAUUAGCUUGCUAGCAGCUAGCUACCGAUAAACAAUGGCUCAAGAGGCGUUUCCUUUACAUUUUCUGGUUUGGAACAACCAAUACAUUGAGCUUGAACGGGAACUACAGCAAAACGAGGAGAAUGUGGAGCGUUUAGACCCGCGGGGGCGCACCCCGCUAGAGCUGGCGGUGUGUCUGGGCCACCUUGAAUCCACCCGUGUGCUGCUCAGACACUGCGCAGACCCGACGCACUGCAACGCGCAGAAUUGGACUAUUUUGCAGGAGGCAGUGAGCACAGGGGACCCCGAGCUUUGUCAGCUGGUGCUGCAGUACAGGGACUUCAAGCGAGCCACAGAGAGACUGGCUGGCAUCCCAGAACUGCUCAGCAAGCUAAGACAGGCCCGGGAUUUUUACGUGGAGAUGAAAUGGGAGUUCACCAGUUGGGUACCCCUGGUCUCCAAGGUGUGUCCCAGUGACGUGUACCGCGUGUGGAAGAGAGGCUCGUGCCUGCGGGUGGACACCACUCUGCUGGGCUUCGAGCACAUGACCUGGCUCAAGGGCCGUCGCAGCUACAUCUUUAAGGGCGAAGAGAAUGGUGCCAUGGUGAUGGAGGUGGACCAUGACAAGCAGGUGGUGUACACCGAGCCGCUGUCUCUCUCCCCGCGGGAUGCCCCAUCUCUCCUUGCUGCCAUGCUGCCCACCCAGGAGAACACCGCCCAGAGACUCACCUCCCCCAUCGUCUCCACACACCUCAACACACGCAACAUCGCCUUCGAGAGGAACAAGUCUGGCAUUUGGGGCUGGCGCUCUGAGAAGAGUGAGGCAGUCAGCGGCUACGAAGCAAAGGUAUACAGCGCCACUAAUGUGGAGUUGGUGACUCGGUCAAGAACAGAGCACCUGUCGGACCAGGACAAGUCGAAGAGCAAAGGUACACACUCACACACACAGAACACUGUGUUUAAUUUGUUCAUAGUAUACAUACACCCACACUUUGGUUCUACCCCUCCUGUCCUCCCAGGCACCAAGACUCCUCUUCAGUCCUUCCUGGGGAUAGCUGAGCAGCAUACCGCUCAUAAUGGGAGUAAUGUGUGUCAGUAUGCCAGCCCCCAUAACCCCACAGCCAUCACAGCUGAGGAAUACUUUGACCCAGAGUUCCAACUCAACGAACGAGACAUCGGACGCCCCGUGGAGCUCACCAGCAAGGUCCAGAGGUUUAAGGCCCAUCUGUGGUUGAGUGAGGCUCACCCUCUGUCAUUGGCUGAGCAGGUCACGCCCAUCAUUGACCUCAUGGCCAUCUCUAACGCCCACUUUGCCAAACUACGUGAUUUCAUCACCCUGAGCCUGCCCCCUGGCUUCCCUGUCAAAAUAGAGAUCCCUCUGUUCCAUGUGUUGAAUGCUAGAGUGACCUUCAGUAACCUGUGUGGCUGUGAUGAGCCUGUCAGCUCUGUCACUGUACACACACCAGAGGAGGCCCCCGAGGCUGGGCAGGCCCCCCCUCCCUUUCACUGCGAGGUGGACCCCUCCGUUUUUCAACCACCCCCGGACUACACCACUCUUGGUCCGGGCCGCAGCGAGCCAAUGAGGGAUGAGGAUGAUAACUUGCUGCAGUUUGCUAUCCAGCAGAGCCUAUUGGAUGCAGGGACAGAAAGCGACCAGGUGACUAUAUGGGAAGCUCUAACUAACAGUCGUCCUGUUUCUGGGCACAUUCAGUCACCACUGUACGAGGACGACUCUCAGCUGGAGAGGGCGAUCCAGGAGUCCCUGUCGAUCUCAUUGGCUGGUGGUGAGGAAGGAGAUCCCGCAUCUCCCCUGUCAGUCUCUCCGUCAGACCCCGGAGCCAACUCCCCUCCCUCCUACAGCUCAGUGGCUGAGCCCCGGAUGCCGGGACCGUUUUCUGUGGUGAACAGCUUUGACGAGCAGCUACGCAUCGCCAUGGAACUCUCAUGCAGGGAGCAGGAAAAGAUGGACAGGGAGAGGCAACGGGAAGCGGAGGAGCUGGAGAGGAUCCUUCAGCUUUCGCUCUUAGAGAAGUAGCCACGACGACGGCAGAGGACUGAGGAACAAACGUGUUAAUUUAUUGUAUUUUUUUUUAUCCUGCAAUGUUAAAUUAUUUUAUUGUUUAUUUGAUGAUGUCUUAAUGGGACACUGAAAGAGUACGGGUACAGAAUUCAGGGAGGGAGGGAGUUAGACAUGGUACUGGCCGCAAGGUGGGUAAAAGCAAUGGGGUGGAAUCUACUUCGUGGGCAAUUGCCAUAUUUGAUGUCGCCUGUCCAGUGGGAAUGAGAGGGGGAGAGGUGCUGGGAGGGAAAGAUGGUCAAACUAGCAGUGAGGCUCUGAGAGCAGAUACUUUUGGAUGGAUGAAGAGGGAAACGUUAACAUCACUUUGCGUUUUGCUUUCUUUUUCACAACCCUGCUGUCAUUAUUUUGAGUGAUAAAAAUCCUUUGACCUAUGAUACGAACAAAUAAUAGUGACAUACGAUUACAAAAAAUGCUUAUAUUAGAUAAUUAUUUGAAAAAAUGAUGUUUGAAACAGAAUUGUGACUUGGAAAAUACAUUUACUCAAUGUUCCUGAA